UCUCCGUAUAAUGCUUCAAGUCUAUAAAUAUAGUUGUGGUUUGCCCUCAUAAAGUACUGAAGUUGCAUUCUUUAAAAAAAAAAAGUAUUGAAGUUGCAGGCUUAAAGCCAUCUUCUCUUAAAAUAGUGCGUAAUUUCAAAUACACACAAAGGAUCGGACCUCAUGGCAACUGCAACAAUAAUGCCUCUUCAAGCCAGUGUCGUGGUUAGACCUCAUGCUCAUUUCCCACCAGACAUUUGGGGGGACCGAUUCGAUAAUUUUACCAACGAUGAUAUAUUGAAGAUGGAAAGAUAUGCUAAAGAAACUGAACCGUUGAAAAAGGAAGUGUUGUUGAUGCUCAUGGACGACUCUAACCAUUUGGGAAAGACAAUGAGACUGAUUGAUGCAGUGGAACGUCUGGGGUUCCCCUAUUUAUUUGAGAACGAAAUCAAAAAGUUGCUGGAUAAUUGUUUCAAUGAAUUUGCUUUAGAUAAUUUCAAAAUGGACUAUGAUUUAUGCAAUACUUCAUUACAGUUUCGCGUAUUAAGACAGCAUGGUUACAAAAUGCCUUGUGAUGUAUUCACCAAGUUCACUAAUGAAGAAGGCAAGUUUAAAGAAACACUACGGAGCGAUACAAGGGGUAUGCUAAGCUUGUACGAAGCCGCACAUUUAAGGAUACAUGAUGAAGACAUCCUCGACGAAGCCCUUAUUUUCACUACUGAUUCCCUCAAUGCCGUUGCAUCAACCUCCGAGCAAGCACGCUGCGCAUUGAAGCAACCGUUGCAGCAAGGUAUUCAAAGGGUGCAAGCUCGCCAUUUCAUUUCAUUUUAUGAGGAAGAUGAGUUUCGGAAUGACAAGCUUCUACAACUUGCUAAGAUUGAAUUCAAUAGAUUGCAGUUGUUGCACUGCCAAGAAUUGAGCCACAUCCAAAAGUGGUGGAAAAGCUAUGAUUUCGUUAAAAGGCUUCCUUAUGUUAGGCAAAGAAGCGUGGAGUCGCACUACUGGGCGGUAGCGACGUAUUACGAGCCUUGUUAUUCUUUUACAAGAGAAAUGUAUACCAAGUAUUUCAUGGUCUUACUUGUUUUAGAUGAUACAUACGAUGCAUAUGGAACGUUUGAGGAGCUCCACCAACUUACGGAUUCGUUUCACAGGUGGGAUUUGAGCUUAGUUGAACAACUUCCUGAAGAUUAUAUGAAAAUUGUGUACGAAUUUGUCAUUAAUACUUGCGAUGAGCUUGCUAAUGAAAUGACCAAGAGAGGAAAACCAUAUGCGGCUCAUUUUGGAAAAGAACAGGUGUUGAAAUUGAUAAGGAACUAUUACAUUGAGGCGAAGUGGGUUAACACAAGGUAUGUGCCAACGUUUGAGGAAUACAUGGUGAAUGGGAGAGUCACUGCUGGAGUCCAAGUAUGUGUGACUGGAUCUUUGCUUGGAAUGGAUGAAGUUGCAGAAGAAAAACCAUAUGUGCAGUUGAUGGAAGCCCCUAAGGCCGUCGAAGCUUGCGAGUACAUUGUUCGACUCAUGGAUGACGUGGUUACUGGUGAGGCAGAGCUAACUAGAGGAUGUCGUUUGGCCACAAGUGUGGAAUGCUACAUGAAGGAUUACAAUAAAAGUAAAGAAGAAGUGUUGCAAAUAUUCAAGAAAAAGAUGGAAAAUGCUUGGAAGGAUUUGGCCCAAGAGGGGUUGUUGACAAACCAAAGCCCUAGUGACUUUGAUCACUUCUCCAAGCCGGUUUAUGAUCGAAUCCUUAACUAUGGACGUAUUAUGGAUGUCAUGUACAAGGUCGCCGAUGGCUACACUUUACCAGAAGCCACAAUCAAGAAAGACGUAAUCAUAACCUAUUCUCAACCCUUCUCAAUCUAAAUUGGGCUUGUUCUUAUGCAAGUAUCCUUUGCAAAAAUGCCAAAUACAUACGGAGUAUUAAGUUCUAUGAUGUGUUAUAGUAUUGCAAAAGUAAUUCUUAAACUUUCUUUAAUUGGUUUCUAGGAUCGUUGGAUGAUUCUACUUGCUCAAUAAGGGUGAGGUUUUGCAUCUGACAAAUACAUGUUUGUAAAUUUUUUUUUUUUCUUUUUACGUUGAAUACUUGAUUGGAUUUUCCAAACUCCAAAGUAUAAUGGAGAAGUUGCCAUUGUUCUUUGAGCUUAACUUGUGUGCUAAAUGAGCUCCAUAAAAGUUGGAUGGAUUCCGUCAUUCCGUGAGUGACUAGCACACUUCAAGAAAUUCAAUAAAAUAAGUUUUCCACAAGAUGAAAAUUCUACAGUGUUAAGUUGACUACUACAAUUUUUGAAUUACUUUUAGAAAAUUUUGUCAUAAACCAUCUUAUAAAAAUUUGUAAUUAUUAAUCCCAAUUUUGAACCAUUUACUUUAAUUAAUCCCAAUUAUUGAUUAUUCCUGAAUAAUCCCAACUAUGGAGGGGUAUUGACUUUUAUCAGGCCUUACCGGUUACCAAACCUGUUGUAGCAAGUCAUUUGCCAUGUGUUAGGGUGCCAGCACACCAUUGCUUAAAAAAAAAAAUUUAAAAAAAAAAAUUUAAAACCAACAUCUAAAAAAACAAAUAAUAAACAUACUCAUUCCCCAAUUCAGCAACCUCCACAGCCGGCGCCACCAGCGAACCCUCUCCCAUCGAAAAUAUUGCAGUCCUACCCAAAACCCUACCCCGCCCUUCCCCCCAGUUAUCAUCUUCCAUC